UUUACACGCGGCAGACUCGUUUCCCGAACGAUUUCGAAUCGGCUCGUUAACCGGGUGAAAUAAUAUAUCGACGGACGACUGAGUGCCGGCCGUCCGAAGCAGCAGCACCACAAGGUAGUCGUUCGUCGUGUCUCUGAUCGUGUGCGUCGCAGUUGUCGUUGAAGUUCUUGUCUGUCCACGCGAGUGCGUCACGAACGGUCCACAGUUGUUUGUUUGACAUAAAUUUUUUAAUUUUACAUAAAAUCCAUUCGAUUCAAUGCAUUUGUGACUAGUGAUCAGAACAUGUGUUUGAUGUUUUAAUAGUUCCCCUGUUGAGUUUUACCGGAUUCGAAACGCAAAAUAAAACAUUUACAUACUGUCGUCUCAAUCACAUGGAUAAUACAUUGUUAAUAAGUUAACUUUUAUCUACUAGACUUACUGGUGUUAUUACGAUGUCUUGGAAGUCAAAAUCCUUACAUUUUCAUUACUUCGUUCAAUAUUAAUUAUAUUAUUGAAAAUAAUUGUAAAAUAAUCUCAUUAUGACGACUCUAAUAACAUUUGUAUUGUUAUGCAUGGCAUCCAGUCAUGUUUAUGGCAAUAUGCAACCGAUAGCAGUUACCAACGCAGCAUCCAUUCCAGGAGGACGUUGUGAAGAAAUUACAAUACCUAUGUGCCGAGGCAUUGGUUACAAUAUGACAGCUAUGCCAAACUCAUUAAAUCAUGAAUCUCAGGAGGAAGCUGGUAUGGAAGUGCAUCAGUUUUGGCCACUUGUAGAAAUAAAUUGUUCGGCUGAUUUAAAAUUUUUCUUAUGCUCUGUUUACACGCCAAUAUGUAUUGAAGAUUAUCAAAAACCACUGCAAGCAUGUCGAAGUGUUUGUGAACGAGCAAGAGAUGGCUGUUUGCCACUAAUGCAAAGUUAUGGAUUUGUAUGGCCCGAAAAAAUGCAGUGUGAUAAAUUACCUGUACACGGUGGUCCAGAACUAUGUAUGGCUCAAGACGUGUAUGAGCAGCAAGGUCCAACAAAACCUACCAAAAAACCAGCAGGAAAAUGUAAAUCUGGCAGUAAAGCAAAAGGAUGUGAAAAAUAUAUGUUCGAUGACGAUUGCGAGUGUAGGUGUAGACCACCAUUAGUGCCCGUUGAAAAAGACUCCCUGCGAAAUAAUAGAACUGGUAUUUCUGUCGUUGGUAUUGAUAACUGUGCUAUGCCAUGUAAAGGAGUAUUAUUUACUGAAGAUGAAAAGGAAUUUGCAUCAUCUUGGAUUUUCUUGUGGUCUAGUAUAUGUUGUGUGACUACUCUUAUGACUUUAACUACGUACACAAUUGAUCCACAAAGAUUCAAGUAUCCAGAAAAGCCAAUCGUUUUUUUGUCUGGUUGUUAUCUAAUGGUCAGUUUAGGAUUUUUGAUUCGUGUGUAUGUAGGCCAUGAAGCAGUAGCGUGUGAACCAAACGGUUCUAUCAAAUAUAAUGCAUCUGGACCAACACCGUGUACAUUAGUAUUCCUUCUUUUAUACUUUUUUGGCAUGGCUUCUUCAAUUUGGUGGGUCAUCUUGGCAUUCACAUGGUUCCUAGCGGCUGGUCUAAAGUGGGGCAACGAAGCGAUCGCGUCUUACUCACAAUACUUCCAUUUAGCUGCUUGGUUGAUCCCCACAGUCAAAUCACUAGGUGUGUUAGUCAUGUCAGCAGUUGAUGGAGAUACAUUCGCAGGAGUAUGCUAUGUGGGCAAUCAAAAUACUGAUAACCUAAAAAUGUUUGUAUUGGCUCCACUUAUAGUUUAUUUGGCAUUGGGAGUAUCUUUUCUUUUGGGUGGCUUUGUUUCACUAUUCCGCAUUCGAAAUGUAAUCAAACAACAAGUCGGUCGUAGUAAAGCAGACAAGUUGGAAAAACUAAUGAUUCGUAUUGGAGUGUUCAGCGUCUUAUACACUGUACCGGCAUCUGUAGUAAUUGGUUGCUACUACUAUGAGGCCAGAUACAUGUCAGAUCGAAUUGCUCACUUCGCUUGUCCAUGUGCUGACUCCGAUCCAGAUACUAAACCAGUGUAUACUAUGCUGAUGCUCAAAUAUUUUAUGACAUUAGUGAUGGGUGUCACGUCUGGAGUAUGGAUAUGGUCAGGUAAAACGGUGGGUUCGUGGAAAAGACUCUCGAGACGACUAUUUGGUGGCGGAAGUGGCCGAUCAAAUAAAGGUGGGCCAAAUCCAGUUCUAAUAAAUCCAGGCAAGCAAAGGAAACAAAUGCAGUAUAUGCCAGCACCGUCCAUCCCGGGUAGCACAUUGCCUUCAUCUCAUCAUUUGGCGCCAUCUUCCAGUUUACACCACCAUAUUAUUAAACAGGCGCCCCUUAGCCAUGUAUGACAUCAGUACGCUACUCCUGCCUUGAGCUACGAGCAACCAGACCCGUCCGAGGACAUGAGACCCUCUACUGCUGGGCUCAGUGAUUACGGACCUCUUUAAACGGGUUAGGCAGGAUGGCUUAUAGAAACAAUUGAUUGAUCUCUACGUAUUCGUCAUACAAUUUUCAAUACUAAACUGGUAGGAUGACUAUAUGUUAUAUUAAAAAUCUAAUAUAUUGAACAGUCUUGACAGUUUUAAUAUCUGUCAACAAACAUUAAUUUUGCAUUUAUAAUUGUACACAAAAAAUUUAAAAUACCAAUCACAUAAACUGUUCUUUUUUUAGUUCAACAAAUAAUAUUAAAGGAACACAUAGCGUUACGUUCGUUGGAUUAUUAGGUUUUUUUCUGGUGCUUUCCCCAAAAAAAUAAUUAUUAUUGUAAAUAAAAUUAGAUAUAAGACGCGUAUACUAGUCAUAGCAAUUAAGUUAUGAAUGUUUUUGUUAUGUUAGCAUGAAGAGACUCUUUAAUUUAAAAGUAAAACAGAAAUACAAAUAUACUUUUGAUUGUUGGAAAAUGAUUUUCAUUUUUAUAAUAACACUUUUUUUAUUGUAAACAUAUUAAUUAAAAAUUUUUAAUAAGCAAUUGUGCAAUAACUAUAUCAAUUUUAUUACAAAAAGCCAAUUUGUCUUAUUAACUUAUCAUUAUAUUUUAUUUUAGGACUUUUAGUCCUAACACUGCCUGAAAAUACUGUAUACGUAACCAUUAAGUGAUAAUAACAAUAUAUUUGUACAUUUUUUAUGUGUAUUAUUUCUGUAUAAAUUAAUUAUACUAUUUAUUAAAUUGUAAUAUAUAUUUAUUAUAUUAAUAUGACAGCGUAGAAAAUA